UGGAACGCUUCAGCAUGGUGGGAACCAGGUGUAAUAAUCCCGUAGCCUUUGCCCUGGCAGAGAUGCUGAAGGUGAACACCACACUGAAGAGUCUAAACAUAGAAUCCAACUUCAUCACAGGGACGGGUAUCCUGGCUCUCAUUGCCUCACUGCAGUCCAACACAACCCUGCAGGAACUCAAGAUCGACAACCAGAGCCAGCCGCUAGGUAACAAGGUGGAGAUGGAGAUAGCCAGCAUGCUGGAGAAGAACACCACGUUGUUGAAGUUUGGCUACCACUUUACCCAGCAGGGCCCCAGGCUGAGGGGCUCCAACGCCAUGAUGAACAACAACGACCUGGCUCGGGUAAUCCGGUCUGAUCAUCACUCGGACAAUUCCUUUACCCUCACUCUGUCCGUGCCGGAACUGGAGAGGACAUUUGGUCAAAAAGUUCAAGCCGAAACUCACCAAACCCAAGACCAAGAAAUAAGAAAGAGAAGGCUUGAAGGAGGUCCCAUCUUCCCCAAGUGUCGGACAAGCGUGUAGCGCCGUGCCAGGCGGCAGCACUGCCCGGGCCCUCCCAGCCCCGUAUUCAGCCAGAUGCACUCCAACAGAUAUCCCAUCAACCCCUGCUUCCGAAACCCUAACCUCGACCCCUCUGCGAUGACAGAAAUCUUUCCAAUUCAAAUGUCAGGGGCUUUGGCAAAUCUUGUUCCUACUGUGGAAUGGAGUUGAUCUACUAUUGUAAAAAAAAUGUUUUUCCCCUUCACAGAUUUCUACUGAUAUCAGUUUAGAUAUCUUCAGUAAUAAUAAUAAUAUCUGGUAAUUGUGACAUAGAGAAGCAGCCCACAUAUACAGAAAAUGUUGUUGUUAGUUUGUUUACUGGAGAUUAACUUGUUGUGGUUGAAGAUGAAAUGGUGUUACACCCAUAAUGUAUAUUGUACCACAUGCCAAGGGCAGCAGAUAGCCUAAUGGUUAAGAGUGAAAGGUCGCCGGUUCAAGUCCCGAAUCCGACUAGGUGGAAAA